AUGAAUAUCUUAUUUUCCAAUAUCAGAGGGUGCAAUAGUGCUUUGAAGAGGAGGAAACUCAGAAGUAUCAUAGCUAAAGGCCAGCCUGAUGUGAUGUUCUUACAGGAAACUAAAAUCCAAAAUAUGUCCGAGAGUUUUGCAGAGAGUCUAUGGGGUAAUGAGAAUAUUGAGUGGUCGGCUAAAGAUUCCAAUGGGGCAUCAGGAGGAACUAUCAUAUUGUGGAAAAAAGGCUGUAUCGAACCGUUAUUUAGUUUCAGAGCUGAGGGUGUCUUGGGCAUAGGUGCUGAACAUAAAGGUCAGCUUUAUUCCUUUGUUAAUAUCUAUUCUUCGUGUGCAAUGAUUGGCAAGCGAAAAUUAUGGUCAGAAUUAGUAGAGUUAAAAAACAGAUUGGCUGGCAGUUGGUGGUGCAUUGGCGGGGACUUUAAUUCAAUAAGAGGCAGAACCGAAAGAAUGGGAAGGUGUAUGAACACCAGAAGCACAGAGAUGGAGGAAUUCAAUGAAUUUAUUGACUUGUUGGACUUGAUUGAUGUUCCUGUGGUGGGUGGCAGAUUUACAUGGUCUAAUAAGGAAGGGAAUGUAAGAAGUAGAUUGGAUAGGUUCCUAUUAUCAGACGGUUUAAUUGACGAUUGGAAAAUUGUGGGUCAGAAGGUGGGAGAUAUGGAUAUAUCAGACCAUGUUCCAAUUUGGUUAAUUGCAAAUGACAAAAACUGGGGACCUAAACCCUUUAGGGUUAAUAAUUGUUGGUUUGAGAACAAGGAUUUCAAGAAGUUUGUAGAAGAAGCUUGGAACGAUGUGUCUGUUGCAGGAAGACAGGAUUUUGUAAUGAAAGAGAAGCUGAAAUUGCUCAAGAGCAAACUAAGAGUAUGGAAUAUAGAGAAGUUCGGCUGGAUUGAUCUUAAAAUAGAAGAGGCAACGGCGAAGAUAAAUAGGAGGGAUCAUUAUCAAGAUGGCAGUGGACAAAGGGUAGGAGGCGGGUUGGAAGAUGAGAUUAAGAAAGCUAAGGAUGAUCUAUGGAAACAUUUGUCUUUGAAGGAAAAUCUGUUAAGACAAAAGUCUAGGAAAAAAUGGAUUAAGGAGGGCGACCAAAAUACUAAAUAUUUUCACCAUUCGAUUAAAGAUAGGAGGAGAAGAAACAAUAUUGUUGCGGUUACAAGUGUUGGUGGAAGAUGUAGAGAGUAUUAG